GAUGAUUAUUGCAUUCCUUCGAGUAUCGGCUGUAUAUUAACAUCGUGUGUUAUUUUAAAAUCAGUUAAUAUCAUCGUUGAAGGAAUAUUUUUAUCAGGUCUUACAUGUUACAGAGCACCAUCAAAGCAUGAAUAAACUUCAAUAUUGACUGGUUAAUUUACGAUUUUAAAUGUUCGUGAAUAUUUGCAUUAUUCUGUGGACGAUACUGCGAACCCUCUACCUGCUGUAGUACCUGACUACCUUGUUUAACUGGGACUUUAACAGUUCCAGAAAACAGAAAUGGCGGCAGGAACAGCACAAGACAAGUUUGCUUUACACAAGAACAUUAUCCAAAAGAAUGAAGCUGAAGUGGAAAGACUUCUGAAAAAUCCGUCAGUGGAUGUUUCUAUUCAAGACGACACUGAAGAGGGCAACACCCCUCUUCACUAUGCUGCUAGCACAGGGUGUUUGAAGAUUGUUCGGAUGUUACUUGAGAAGAAUUCGAAAACCGUGAACAAAGUGAACAAGAGGGGAAGAACGCCACUGCAUCUUGCUGCAGAACACGACGAAGUAAUGGUGGCCGAGAUGCUAAUGGAUAAGCAGGAUGACAUAAACCUACAAGAUACAGCAAAGUUUACACCCCUUCUUACUGCGGCCAAAUAUAAUAGUCCACAAGUUGUUCAUGUACUUUUAGAGAAAGAAGCUAAAACAGAUGUUAGAGGCGAAAAAGGGAAAUCCGUUUUUCAUUACGCUACAGAAAACAACAACAAGGAUGUACUUGAGAUAUUGCUAAAGUAUGACGAAGAAGCUACAUUUCGUUUAACAGAAAUUAAAAAGUUGUUGGACAUGGCGGAUGAUGAUGAAAGAACUCCGCUUCACGUUGCCGCACACAAUGGAUACCUUCAAUGCCUAAAUAUUUUGAUAAAGAAUGGAGCAGGCGUAUUUCAUACAUGCAAAGGGAAGAAAACAGUUUUGCACCUUGCUGCAGCAGAGGGAUGGACAGAUAUAGUAGCACAGCUACUAAAAUCUUGGAAAGGGCUGGUAUCUCUGACUGACAUAGACGGUAGAACUGCCCUCCACGAUGCUGUUAUACACAAUCAGAAAAAGGUAGUAGAGAUUCUGAUACAAGCUGGUGCCAGUGUCAAUGCUCUAGACACAGACAACAGCACCCCAAUCAGCUUUGCAGCAGAACAAGGGCUUGUGAAAUGUACCAGAUUACUUCUUAGCAACGAUGCACACAUAAAUUUGGAAGGAAUAGAAAAAGAAGAAACGCGGAAAAAUAUGAUGACACCUGUUCAGGUUGCAGCUGUAAACGGUCAUUCUGAAGUCGUUCAUAUCCUUGUAACAGAGAAAAAUGCAGAUCUUACACGACGAAGUAUUGAUCAUGACAAGGGCAAUUGCUUGGAUUUGGCGAUUGAUAACAACCACGUGGAUACUGUUUUCACAAUAAUCAAAAGUGAUAAAUGGGAGGAUGUAUUGCGUAACCAAACGAGCGAGUUUCAGUCCCCGAUGCGAAAGCUUAUUAGCAAUAUGCCAGACGCUGCUAAAGAGGUAUUUGAUCGUUGCACACAAACUAGAGUUAUUGACAAAGAAUUCGAAGUACAGUUUAACUAUGAAUUUCUUGACGACACACUUCUCCUUGGAAAGUGGAAAGAGACGGAUGGAAAACAAAAAAGUCAAGAAGAAAAACCAUACACAAGAGACUCCGUCUUGAUUAAGAACAACCACCCACUAAUGCUCAUGGUGACGUCAGAAAGAAAAGAACUCCUUGACCAUCCUUUGGUUUCUGCACUUCUAAAAAAGAAAUGGACCAAUGUCGGUCUGAUUUGCCAUCUCCUCAACUUCUUGCUUUAUGCGUUGUAUCUUGCAAUGCUUACUGGCUUUGCCCUUGAUGUAAAAGCACCUUUUCAAUUCACAAACAUUUCGUCAGCUGUUUGUUCAGACCAUGCUACACGUUACAAGAUUCCAGAGUUUGCAGCAGUUGCAAAAUACUUUGUCAUACUUAUUGCUGUUGUAGAAUUAUUCAUAGAGAUAUUGGAAGUGAAACUGAUAUUCUCUUGCAAAGUGUGGUAUUAUUUUAUGGAAAAGGAAAAUGUUUUGGAGUGGAUAACAUGCAUUACAUCCAUACUGUUUGUAAUGAAUACAAGUGGUUGUAGCGAUACUGGAUAUAGGCCUCAAUGGCAGUGGACCUGCGGCACAAUUUCUGUUUUCCUGGCAUGGAUAAAUCUACUAUUCCUUAUCCAGAAGUUCGAAUGGGUUGGAAUAUAUGUCGUUAUGCUGUACAGUAUCGUCAAAGUGUUUGUGAAGUUUUUUCUUGUUUUCUCACUUCUGAUCGUCGCAUUUGCCGUUUCCUUUCACUGCCUUUUUCGAAAUCAGGAAAAUUUUGGAACAUUUUGGAUCUCCCUGGUGAAGACUACAGCAAUGAUGAUAGGAGAGCUUGACUUUAGUACAACAUUUCUAGACGGAGAGGUGUAUUUUGACGUCAUCAGUUACGUGUUCUUCUAUGGCUUCAUGCUGUUUAUGUCUAUUGUUGUCAUCAAUCUGUUGGUUGGUUUAGCUGUAGAAAAUAUACAGGAAUUCCAUACUAGAGCCGGUCUAACAAAAAAGGAAAUGCAGGUUAAGUUUGCUCUUGAAUUAGAGAGACUUGCAACGUCUCCGACAUUUCGGAAAGGACUGACGUUUCUCUUUUGCAAUCGAAAAGUGUGUGCAUGCACGUUGGGGGAAACGAAAGAGGUUAUAAAUCCAAAUAAACAAAACUGGCUACAGAGGAAAUUUGGACAGUCAUGGAAACUAACUUCAAGGGACAUAGAAGCGGCCUUAAACACUGAGAAAGAGGAUACUUCAAGGGAGAUAGCCCGACUGGAUAUGAAGGUGAAAACAGCGGAAACAAAACUGAAGGCAAAGAUGAAAAUUAUGGACUCAAAAUUGACGGAAAUUGUAAACACUCUGAGGAGACUGGAGGAUAAAACAAGUGAACAAUAAGAUAUAAAUCUAAGUCAUGGGAUUACAUAAAAAAAUAUACAACCAAGUCAAAGAAUUGUAUCUACAGUACAACCAUUUACAGAAUAAUAGUUCGCGACAAAUACCUAGCUUUAAUAGUGCCUUUCCUCUUUCCUGGGAAUAUCCGUUUUAAAAAUGUUUUCAACAGAGGUUGUCUCAUAAUGACUUCUUGCUGACUAACCAUAUGUUCUCAAAUCUCACAUAAAUACCAAAGGUAUACAACAUGUAAAAUUCAAAUUAACCAUACAAAGAAAUCUGAAAACUUGACACGCGUUUACUUCAUGUUCAUACUAUAUAGUUUUUGUAAAGUGCAUUGCUCCUUGAGUGAUAACGACCUCCAUGUGGUCUCCAUGUUUAAAGCAUUCACCAAUAUCUGUUGAUCAUUUAAAAACUGCAAAUGCCGUCAGAAGUUAGUGAGAUACUGCAACUGGUGACAUUUCAACCAAUAUUUUUGUCUAACUUUUGAAUGUUAAAACAUGUACAAUUAAGGUAACGAGCUUGGACAAUAGCCAUUUUUUUAACUGUUUACUUUGUGUUUUGAAAGAAAUAUUCAUAGCUUCUGA